AUGAAGAGAAAGGAUCAAACAUGUUUGGUUGAUCUUUGUGUUGAGAAAGCUAUUGAUAAUGUAAAAUACCUUGGAGAUGUUAGUCAUGUUGAUCAUCAUAUGCUUGAGAGAAUCUUGCCUCACUGCACACUUGACCAGUUGAUGCAUAUUGAGAAGUCCACUCAAGGGAUGGAUUUGAGCCCUAUAACAGAUCAAUUGUGGAGAAAGUUCUUUGAGAAGCAGUUUGGUAUAAAUUGCACUAAUGAAGUAGUUAAGAAGAUGAAAGAAAAAAGAGUUUCAUUCACUUGGUUGCAGCUGUAUGAGGCUAAGGUCAAAAAAGUGGCUCAGACUGAGAAUGAAGCAGUUGAUCGACUCGCGCAACGCUACAAGGAAGAAGAUGCAAGAAAACAAAGCAGGCAAAUCAAAACAUGCACCAAACUUCCACCAAGUAAAAGAAGAUUUUGA